AUGGCUUCUCUCCCAAACUACUCCGCUACUGAGAGGACAAGAUCGUCUGACGGUGCCACAAUCUCCAAUGCCGAUGCAGAAAUAUCGUCCGAGGGUACGGCAAUAACCCAGGCAGGACAACCGGAAGAUGGAGAGACCGAGACCAUCAUCUUGAACAGAAACACACCCACUUCGUCUGCGCAGACCGUACCGGAUGUCGCCGACAAGACCAUCGUCAAGUCCUCAAAUAAUGCCGAUACCUCCAAUAGCCAGGAAGAACCCCGCAAGUGUUGGAUCUGCUAUACAGACGAGACCGAGGACUCGCCGCUGAACUCAGAGUGGCGAUCUCCAUGCCCUUGCGCAUUGACGGCCCACGAGGCGUGUUUACUCGACUGGCUCGCAGACAUGGAAAACCCUAGGUCUCGCAAGCGAAAUGGCAGCGGAGCAAAAAUGGUCUGCCCUCAAUGCAAGUCGGAAAUCGUCGUUACUCGCCCACGCAGCUACGUCGUCGACACCCUGCGCCUUAUGGAGAGAAUUGCGGGUCGGUUGGUUCUUCCAGGCAUGGUAUUCACCGUUGCUGGUACUGUGUGGGCCGGAUGCUGCGCCCAUGGCAUAUACUCCAUGUACCUUGUGUUCGGCAUAGAGGAGGCAAAGCAGAUUCUCGAAGAUAGUGUCGACGGCCCGUGGAAUCCCGGCAUGAACCUCGGCCUACCCCUCAUCCCCAUGGUCUUAAUAUUCUCUCGCACUCGUUAUGCCGAAGGCCUUCUCCCGGCGAUCCCCGUUCUAUUCUUCGCAGCGCAUAGUCCGGGCCAAGAGCCCGACUUUGAUCUUUGGCCACCCACCCCGGCUAUGACAUUCGCCGCCCUCCCUUAUGUCAAGAGCUUUUACGGCGCCCUCUACGACCGUCUUUUCGGUGGGCUUGAGAAAAAAUGGAUCGCCGAGGUGCAACCUCGCGCAGCAGAGGAGAUUAUGGACGAAGUUCAACAGCAGGACCAAGCAGAGGGACUUAAUCGUUUUGGCGAAAAUAUGAAUGGCCAAAUACUUAUGGAAAUUGAUCUUGAGUUGCAGGUAGGAAUGGGUGAAGAUGAUGAGCCGCCCGAGGGUCAAGCUCUCCCAGCAGCAGAGAACCAAAAUGGCGCUGACCAAGGCGCCCAGGACGGCCAAGCACAGGGACAGAAUGCCGGGCAAAACAACGGGCUGGGUCUAGGGCGUCGACCAAAUGAGAUCAUCCACGACACCGGUAACCUUGCCGACACUGUUCUCGGCGCACUUGUCUUCCCUGCUAUCUCGGCAUCCAUGGGUGGACUUCUGAAGUACAUCCUACCCAAGUCCUGGACCACUCCGUCAUCAGUCCUCGAGCGCAGUCGGCCAGGGUUUCUACAGACUCGAUGGGGUCGCAGUGUGGUUGGCGGAUGUAUGUUUGUGUUGCUUAAGGAUGCCCUUGUACUUUACUGCCGAUGGAAACUUGCACAAACACACCGGCGACGUAAGGUGCAGAAUUACGAUCGAACUAAAAAGCAUCACGGAAAGAAGAGAUAG